UAUUGGUAUUCAUAUUCGAAAUGAUACGCGUAUCCAAGUAACAUGCCAAUAUAUAGAUGCAGUAUCAAGUAUGUGUUCUUAAUUUAAAUAGUGCACCAGUGUACGUAAAUUAAUUUAACGUGUGUGAAGUUGUGAAUAUUGCUAUGUGGAUUCCUAUCAGGAUUUGUAAUCAGAAAGGACAGAACCACAAAAUGCCUGCGUCCAGGGACAGCCGGUGUCAGCGCUCAAGUAAUGCUAGCAGUGGCAUUGCAAUCCAGGCGAGGGUGUACCACCCUGCCACAAAUCUCAUGCCAAUCACCCCACCGCGUUCACCUAAUGGCGUAUCUUCCAGCUUCCCCCGGCCAAAUACCACCAAUUCCUGGUCACGCCAGAACAGCUACAAUGGAAAGUGCUCAUGACUACAUCAAGCCGAAGAUCCAACACGUUUAAUCAGUAGCUAAAUUCCCAACUAGUUUAAUGAUCCCUGAUAACUCAAUGAUAAAUCAAGAUCUUGCAUUUAUAUCCUAAUAAUUAUGUACUAAAUAAAAGUAAAAUAUGUAGAAAUAUUAACAUAUGAAUUCUCCACUAUAGUGGUAGUCUUCCUCCCCCUCCCUCCCUCUUAAUAAAAAAAUAAUAAAUAUUAAUUGACACGAGCGUGAUUAAACAGUUACAUUGGAAAAUCCACGACUUUAUUCUAAACAGGAUACACUUGUAUGCUUCGGAAGCAAUGCUGAUGUUACAGCGAAACGAGAGUAAACAUACAUCAAUCUAUAUAAACACUAUAAAAUAGAUACUGUAGUAAACGUGGAAGAUAAUUAUCAUUAUCUGAGGCAAGAUACGCUUGCAUGCUUCAAAAACAAUGAUAAAUCAAGCUCAUGUAAUUAUACUCCAAAAGCAUAUGCGUAUAACUAAGCACGAUAGAAGACUCAUACUUCAAGAGGCUCGUAACUAUCUCAGGCAGGAUGCUCUUGUAUGCUUCGAAAGCAACAGCACUCAGUAAUCAGUUGUUGUACACCACUGUAUUGGAAAACGACGGUUUACAAUGGAAGAUAUUCGUGACAUUAUCUGGCAGGAUACUCUUGUAUGCUUCGGAAGCAAUGCUGAACCUAUCACUCUCAGUUGCUGUCUAUUUAUCAAAGAAGAUAGUAGACUAGUCUGAUAACUGUUUUGAUGUUAAUUUUGCAAAGACAGUAUCAAUUAAUUUAUUCAAUAGCUGCUCAAGAAAGUUCCGCUUAAUUUUGAAGCUCAAGAUUUGCAGUGGGACAAUAAAUAUGUUAUUUAUAGGACAAAAUAUAGU